AUGCAGCCAAACAUUGUCAGGGAGGAGAGGCAGGGAGCACAUGUGCAAGAUUCCAUCUUCAUCCCUGAUCAACAGCAUCCUCGUGUGGAUCUUGAAGAGAUUGUGCAGGUUUUGAGAGUGCAUUUUGGUCUGAAUUCUCAGAUGGCCAACCGCCCUGCAUAUCAAAGGCCUUUCCCCGAAAGGAUCAUCAACGAUUAUCCACUGCCAAGGAAUUAUCGACCACUUGAUUUCCAUGCUUUUUCAGGGGAAGAUGGAUCUUCCACCAUUGAGCAUUUAUUUGGGUUAUCUCUCACUAGAACAGCGUUCUCAUGGUUUGUAAGCCUGCCACCUGGGCAAAUACAAACUUGGGAAAGGUUGGAGAUGGCGUUUCAUGCUAGGUUCUUCAAUCCUUUACCGACCAUCUCUCUUACUGAUUUAUUGGAAUUGAAACAAUAUCCAGAAGAGUCAGCUUCACAGUUUAUUGAAAGAGUACGUUUGAUGAAAGGACGUUGUCCUACUAUAAUCAAUGAAAAUGAAAUGACCAACUUAGUGGUCAGGAACAUGCAUGGUCGUCUGAGAGAGGCGCUCACUGCCCAUGAUGUAGAAGAUUUGGCAAGCCUUGCUUCUAAGGCUGCACGUUUGGAGUCUCUUUUUAGAGAAAAAGAUCAGAAUUUCAGGCGUAAUAAAGUCCAGCAUAUGGCAAGUAUGGAAACAGAGGCAUACGACUUUGAUUAUGAUCAAACGGAAGAGAUGGCGGCCAAAAUACUGUCAGGGAAGCCUUAUGUAUGUUCUAAGUUAAAGCCAAUACUAGGAACUGAAGGAAAAGAGCAACCGACCUUUGAUAAUUCAAAAGCCGAUUAG